AUGACAUGGCCUGACACAUUUUACCACUUAGAUGCCACUAGGACUCCACGGUUGUCCAGCUCGUGCUUGUUGGAAAAAAGUAAAAGUAGUGGAAAAAUUGUGAAUUGCUACUUAAACCAAGAAAUGGAGCAGAAUAAUAGCUACACAGUGGGAGCAUGGGGAGGCAGUGGUGGAAAAAUGUGGGAUGAUGGGACUUUAACUGGGGUCAGAGAAAUCAAACUUAUGUAUAGUCUAUGCAUAGAAUCCAUUCUUGUUGUUUAUGAUAAACAAGGCCAGCCAUUCAAAGCCGAAAAACAUGGAGGAGUUAAAGGCAACUAUCCUGCUGAGAUUAAGCUGGAAUAUCCAGAUGAGUUCCUUAUUAGUGUGUCUGGGCAUUCUACUUUUUGCAUGGGUUUAGACGUAUGUAUUCGUUCUUUGACAUUCAAGAGCAAUCGGAGAACCUUUGGACCAUAUGGAGUUGAAGUAGGGGCGAGAUUCACCUUUUCAUCAUAUCCAUCCUAUGAAAUUGUGGGCUUCUAUGGAAGAAGUAGCGUAAAUUUGCACUCAAUUGGGCUCCAUUUAUCUCUUGAUAAAACAGAGAAGAGUAUUGUAGUAGGACCAUGGGGAGGUGCCGGUGGAAUAAACUGGGAUGAUGGGGCCUUCACAGGAGUGAGAUCCAUCACACUCUUCUAUGGCUCUUUUGUAACUGCCAUAGGAGUUGUCUAUGAUGAUCACGGUCUUCCUUUCAAAGCAGAACAACAUGGAUGUGGAGGCAUUGAAACUGCUGAGAUCAUGCUGAAUUACCCAGUUGAGUUCUUGAUCAAUGUGCGUGGGCAUUAUGGUACAGUAGAUGGAUAUGGUGAUCCAUACAUUGUGUCAUUAACAUUUGAGAGCAAUCAUAGAACUUUUGGACCAUAUGGACUUGAAAGAGGCCCAGCAUUCACCUUACCCACACAUGGACGCAGAAUUCUGGGUUUCAAGGGAAGAGGUUUUUGGCUUUUGAGCGCAAUUGGAUUUCAUCUGUCAGAUAAUAUGUAA